UUUUUUUUUUUUUUGUUUGCAGAUUUCGAUUGUUUCAAACGCAGCAACAGACACAAUGUCCCUCUCUCCCGUCGCAGCAGCAAGUGCACGCCAUCCCAAGCCUGAGACUGCCGUCUUUGAGUAUGGCACAGCUGGCUUCCGCAUGAAAGCCGCAAUCAUGGAUCCAGUCGUGUUCCGCGUCGGCCUGGUCGCAGCCCUGCGUUCUCGCGCGCUUGGUGGCAAGAUUGUUGGCACCAUGAUCACAGCCUCGCACAAUCCCGAGCCGGACAAUGGCGUCAAGAUUGUUGAGCCGCUCGGUGAAAUGCUCGUGCCGCAGUGGGAGAGCCUGGCCACGCGUGUCACCAACGCGGCCAACGGUGAUUUGGACGCCGUUCUGGCUCAGAUUGCGGCCGAACUCAAGAUUGACAUGAACAUUGUGCCACGCGUUAUUGUCGCUCGUGACACUCGUCCAAGCGGCCCCGCACUGGUCGCCUCUCUUGUGGAUGGCCUUCGAGCGCUGAACGCGGAGGUCAUUGAUGCAGGAGUGCUCACGACGCCCCAGCUGCAUUACUUGACCCGUACUCGCAACGAGCAGCUUGCCAACACGCAUCUCUACGGUCAGCCCACAGAGGACGGCUACUUUGACAAGCUCGCCCAUGCUUUUAACAAGCUGAUUGCUUCCGCGGCUUCUGGCAAUCCAGACUUCAAGCCAGCUUCGCUUUCCGUCGAUGGUGCCAACGGAGUCGGAGCUGGCGCCUUCCGCACCCUCAUUCCCCGCAUCUCCUCGAGUCUUGCGGCCGAGGUGGUCAACGAUGGCUCAGCUGGCGCUCUGAAUGACAAGUGCGGUGCAGACUUUGUCAAAGUUCAGCAGACCUUCCCAUCUGGUGUGACUGUGCGUCCCGGUGGUCGCUACGCGUCGCUCGAUGGUGAUGCUGAUCGUAUCGUGUACUUUUACGCCGACCAAGAGUCCAAGUUCCAUCUGUUGGACGGUGACAAGAUUGCCACUUUGGCCGCGGCGUUCUUGAUCGAUCGCCUCGAAGCUGCUGGCAUCCGGCAGGGUAUUACCAUUGGUGUUGUCCAAACUGCGUAUGCCAAUGGCAGCUCGACACAGUAUCUGGAGAAGGUUUUGGGUGUUCCUGCUCCCUGUGCCAAGACGGGUGUCAAGCAUUUGCAUCACGAAGCUCUUGCUUACGAUAUUGGUGUCUACUUUGAAGCAAACGGCCACGGCACGGUCAUUUUCAGCGACCACAUGAUUCAGGUCCUUGAUGCCGGCUUGGUCAGCGCCAAUGCCAGCACUCGUCAGGCCCUCCAGGACUUGCGAAACUUUGUGGACGUGAUCAACGUGACUGUUGGCGAUGCCAUCUCCGACCUGCUGAUGGUCGAGGCCAUUUUGGCUUUCAAGCACUGGUCGCUCGAUCAGUGGGACGCUCAGUACACUGACCUGCCGAACAAGCAGCUCAAGGUCGAAGUUCCAAACCGUGCCCUCUUCCAAACCACCAAUGCCGAGCGCGAGCUGACCAGCCCCGCGGGCAUGCAGGCUGAAAUCAACAAGCUUGUUGCUGCAGUCCCGAAGGGUCGCUCGUUCGUUCGGCCCUCGGGCACCGAAGAUGUUGUGCGUGUCUACGCUGAGGCUGAGACACGAGAGCAGACCGAUGCUCUUGGUCAGGCCGUCGUUGCCCUGGUCCGACAGUUUGCCAAGUAAACUGGUUUUGUUCCGAUCUUUAAACUGCUUUUGUUCCGAUCUUUAAACUGGGAAGAAAUGACUAAAGAAUAUUAAUUACUAUGAAAAACAAUAAUAAUGAGUCUCAGACUGCGGAUGCUAUCAGACUGCGGAUGCUAUCGAGAUGUGUU